AUGAAGAUGGUGCCAUUCAUUUGUUCAGAAGAGACAGGCAAAGAAAGAGGAAAUGUCCAGUGAUGACCUUUUUUCUGGCUCCUCUCAAGGCAGAAAUCACAAUUUCCCUUGGAGAAGGGUUGUUUCAGAUCCAUCCCACCCAUGAACUUGCUUUGUUUCAGCCUUACGUCUGGUGGAAGUUCAAUGAUGGAUACGCCACAAAGAAACAGAAUAAGGACAGAAACCCUGGAAUCAAGACAGAUGGCCUAUGCUUUGAUACAGCUAGAAGACUUGGAAAUGUGCCUAAAAGAAGCAGAAGAAAAGGCUAGGACAUUAACAGAGCGGCUUUCAGUGUCUGAAGGAACUAAGUUAAAGUUACUUGAGCAAGUGUCCUGGCUAGAGGAACAACUAGAGACAGCUGACAAUAAGGAAGCGAGGGGGGAACCAUAUGAAGAAAUCAUGCAUGCCAAAAAUCAGUGCAUAGAGAAAUUACAAGCUGAAGUUAAAGCUUCACAGGAACAACUUGCCGCUCAUAAACUUAAGCACAAAAGGAAAAUGAAAAAGCUACAGACUGAUUUGGCAACAGCUAAGCAGGAGGCUGCCAUCACAGUGCUGGAGCUCAAUGAGAAGAUAAAGACUUUAUAUGAAGGAAAGUCAACCCCUAGAGGUCAAUGGCAGGCUUGGAAGAUGAGAGAGGCAGAAGAAAACUCUCUGGAAGAGUCCUGCAGAGGCCUCCCACCUGUGGAAGAAGGAGAUAGAAGAAUUAGUCUGAUUAUGGAGUUGUCUACACAAGUUUCACUACAGACGGAAAAGAUCAAUCAGCUAGAAGAAGUUUUGGAAGAAAAGGAAAAGAAGAUACAGCAGCUGGAAGCAGAGAGGGAACUUCCAAUGGUGAUAACUGAAAGCCUUCCGGAAUGUUUAUCAGAAGCACCAAGUGCUUAUAAUGAUAGCAAUACUACUGUGGACGUUGAUGACAAUUUGUAA